AUGGCUACAAAUAGUAAUAAUAACAACAGUAGUAAUAAUAAUAACAAUUUAGAGAACAUAAAUUUGAGCCUACACAAAAUAUUUAAUUGUCGUCAUAGUGUUCCUAGUAAAUUUAUUGAAGAUGAAAAAGAAAAUAUAAGGAAACGUAGAUGCACAGUGGCUCAUAUGUAUGAGAAGAAUAUAAAUUCAAAGAAUACUAAUUAUGAUUAUUUAACCUAUAAUUUUAAUAACUCGAUAAGAAAGAGAAGAAAAUAUUCUCCUACUAUUCAAACCCAAUUAUAUAAAAAAUAUUCUCCUUUAAAAAGUAGAAUAGGAUUAAGAAAUAGUGUAGAUGAGAGUAUUAAAAAAAGUGCAUGUAUAAGAUCUAUUGUUAAUAAUACGAUAAAGAAUAAAACUAGGGAUAGUAGUUAUAUUCGAAAUGAAAAUAAAAGUUGUUAUAUUGGUGAUAAAAAUAAUAAAAUAAUAUAUGAAGGCUCUAAAUAUAAUGAAAAAAAUAAUUAUAUAGAUGAAAAUAUGAAUGAUAGAAAAAUGUAUAUAAAUAAAAAUUUACAUGAUACAUAUAUUAUGAGUAAUACUACACAAAGCGAUAAUUUUUUUAGAAGUAAAAAUAUUAAUAGAAUAAAUAGUUUAAUAACGAAUAGAGAAACGGCACCUAUAUAUAUGAAUUCUGAAUCUACACUUUCAAGUUUUAAUUUUGAACCCAAUGUAGAACAAAAACAUUCUAAAUUAACAUUAGAUAUGAAAAGUACAAUUUAUAUACCAUCAGAUAUGUCUUUAUUUAAUAAGAAUAAAUAUUCUUUUAUUUCAAAUAUGUCCUUAGAAGAUUUAAAAAAAAUGAAUAAUGAAUAUACAUCUAAAAAUAAUUACAAUGUAGAAAUUACAAAUAAAAUAAAUGAACAUUUACCUUUAAAAAGAAGACACAGCACACAUGUGAGUAGUGAAUAUGAUAAAUAUAAUAAUUCUCAAUCAUUUCUUAUGAAUAAGAGAUUAAAAGACGAUCAAAAUUUAUCUAAAAAUAAUGUUCGUAGGUAUAGCGAUACAUUAGAAUUAAAUAUGUUAAAUAAUAAUAUGGGACCUAAUGAAAAGAAUAAUGAAUAUAUUUCGAAAAUGAAUAAAGAUCAUUAUAUAUUAAAUCCCAACAAUUAUAAUAAAUAUAAUAAUAACAACAAUUGUUUCAAUAAUAUGAAGAACUCUUCCGUUUUAUAUGAAUAUAACAAAAAAAAUCUUUCACAUAUGAAACAAAAUGAUAAUCAUCUCAAUAAAUCGGUCGCUUCACAUUAUGAAGAAAACAAUCACCCUUUACUUCAUACCUGUUUUUUUAAAAAUGCGGAAGAUUUUGAGAACAACGAUAUUAAAAGGAAAGAAAAAGUCGAAUCCAACGAAGAAGACGAAUUUGUCAUGAAAAAGGACGCGGAAUAUGUGUUUAGUCAAAAGUUUUUUCAAGAUAUUUAUUCUAAUAUUAAGAGCAAAGGGGAAUUAAAUUUUAUAGACGAGUUGCUACAAUUAGAUGAAGAGAAUUAUAUUAGUAAAAGUAAGUUGAAUAAAAUUGUUGAGAAUGCAAAGAAUAAAGAAAUGAAGUAUCAUUAUAUUGAUAGGAUGUUUUUAUAUCGACAUGCAAAAAAUGUUAUAGAUGAUGCUGAUUAUGAAAAUUACAAAAAUAAAUGUAGAAGUGAAUAUAAAUAUUUAGAUGUACCAUUCCCAAAUUUGUGUGAUAUUAUGAAUCUUAAACGUAUUAGUAACGAUGACGAAAUUGAUGACACAGACGAAUUUUAUGAUGCAGAAGUUGCAUUAUUAGAGGAAUAUUAUUCAAGAUGUAAUAGACAAAAACAAGGUAAAGGUAAUGAUAUUUUCUUAGAUAACAAAAAACACAAAAAAAAUAUAGAAAAGCAAAAAGAUAAAAAAGGAAAGGAAAAAAUAAAAAAAAAUCAACAAGAAUUAAAUGAUGAUCAUAAUAAUAAAAUUAUUUUAAAAAAUAAUAAGCUACAUUUCAAUAAAAAUAAUGUAACAGAAGAUUUAUCUUUAUUAGAAAAAAGAGAUAAAUUAAUGCAUUUUAUGAAUAAAAUGAAAAGACAAAAAGAUUCCUUUUAUGAAUCUAUUAUAGAUGCUCCAGACUUUUCUAAAUUACUAGAACCUGUUUUCUCAUUAAACGAAAGCUUCUUAUUAUCACAUCAAUUAUUUAAUGUACAAUAUGCAGCACAAUUAGGACCUGUUGUAUAUCUUACAAAAACGGAGGAUGAAAAUUAUAUAUAUAGAGCUAUUGAGGUAAGUAGACUCUUUGAAGAAAAAGUGAAAUCUAUUCUUGAUAAUCAAAAAAAUCAUUCGGGUAUGAAAAAUAAAAGUGAUUCAUAUGAUUGUUUUACAAAUGAAAAAAAUCCAUUCUUACAUGAACUAGAUGUCAAAUAUUAUCUUCGUAUCCCAAUGAGUACUGGAUGGAAUCAUUUCGGUUAUUUAAAAAAUCAAAAUAAUGUCCUAUUUUUUAGACGACCUAAAAAUAAUUAA